AUGAUCCGUCAUGCUGUUGGCCUCCUCCUUUGCAGUGCGCAGGCAGCGGUGAAAGACACACCGAACCAAGACAACUUCUCCAUUACACGCUUCCCGAGUGGGCACACGCUCGCACUGGUCUGCGAUGGCCACGGCAAGAAGGGCCACUCGUCAUCACUCAUCCGCGAGGAAGGCGCUGAAGCCGCUGAACUCAUGCUUUCAGGCCACCAGGCUGCCACACGGGCGGUCCAAACCAUCCCUUUCCUUCUCCUCCAGCUCGGCCUGAACGAGGAGGCCGCGGUUGAGAAGGCCCGACUGAGGGCGGCAAUGUAG